UCAUGGGCUCAUGCACUCUCAGAACAAGGCUAGCAACUACUAUUGAACCUGAUCUCUGCAUAUAUACCACAUCCCAUUCCAAACCAACACCAACAUAAUUCCAUCGAAGUUUCAAAAUAAACCCAGAAAUUCUCAACAUCUACAAACCCAAAAACUUAUUCUCAAAAGAACCCAAAAAUUUUCACAACCCCUUCUUUCAGCCGUGAAUCAAACCUAAGAAUUUCACUCACCCAAAAAAAAAAAAAAUGGAUUUCUUCUUGUUUGGGUACCGAUAAAACGCCGAAAUCCAAGCUCCCUGGCCCCACCGGCCCAGGCGCCGUCGUCCGCCCCAAACGGUGGCUAGCCCACCGCACGUCUCCCUCAAGCUCUCUGUCUCUGUCUCUGUCUCUCGCUCUCUCUUUCUUUCUCUCUCGGUCUCUCUGAUCUUCCUCUCUCGUUUGCUCGGACGAAGAGGAAAGAAAAGAACGAGAAAGAAGAAGAAAAAAAGCGGGGGAGAAAAGGAGAGAAAGAAGAGGAAAAGAAGAAAAGGGGGAGGCGUACGUGUUUUACCCAAAAUCAGAACAAUAAAUUAAAAGAAAAAGUUGCCAAUAGAAAUACCUGCUGAGUCUUUUCUUUUUCUUUGGAUAACACACGAUUGAUAGCUGGAGGGGGUAAGAGGAGGGGGUGUCUGCUGGUUUAUAUAGGUAGGAGGAGGCAGCGUUGGGCAAGGCAUGUGGGAGUAUUUUUCUGAAGCAUUGGGUAUGGCUUCAACGUGUAGGAGAGAAAGCUGAAAUGUGGAGGCACAUGCUGCUCUGGCAAUUCGUUUCUUCAGCAUGGGUUGUCGUCCAAAUGAUUUAACGCCUCACUUGGAGGAAAUAGUGAGCAAACUGCUUGCACUCCUGCAGAAUGAGAAUCAGCAUCUGCAGGAGGGGGCUGUGUCUACUCUGGCAUCAGUUGCAAUUUUCUCGCAGGACCAGUUCCAUAUAUGCUAUGAUGUCACUAUGGCUUCCUUGAAAUCUGUCUUUUUCAACGAAACUGAUGCAUCUAAGCUCUUGCUCCGCGCAAAAUCAGCUGAGUGCAUUAGUUACCUUGCAAUGGUUGUUGGAGAGGAGAAAUUUAUGAAUGAUGCAACGAAGGUGAUAGAAGUUCUUUUGUCACUACAACAAUCCUUGUCCAACACAGAUUACUCAAUAAGAAUCCAUUUGUUACAGGCAUGGAUGGGACUCUGCAAAUGCCUAGGGGAUAAUUUUGUCACCUACAUUACUGAUUUGAUGCCUAUUUUGCUUCGGUCUGCAGAUUUGAGCAUUGGCAUAAACGCUCAAGAUGAUCGAAGUGAUAUCUUAAAGGAGAAAGCGUUGGCUUGUAACCUGCUAUGCCUCUGCGCUCGUCAGUUAAAGGAAAAUUUUUUUACUUGGGUCAAUCAGGUUGCUAAAAUUUUGGUUCCACUGCUAGAAUUUCAUCCCCAUUUUGAAACCCAAACGGCUUCUGUUUCAGCCAUGCCAGACUUGUUGUGUUCAGCUAUGUUGGCCAUUCAAAAGGGAGAAUCUGGAGGGCAUAGUAUGUCUUAUGUUCAGCACCUAGUCAUCCUAAUUAUACCUGCUUUGGUGAAAGCUUUGAAGAAGGAACCGGAGAAAGAAAUAUGUGCAAGAAUGUUAAACUCGCUAAACAAAUGUGUAGAGGUAUCUGGAUUAGUUUUCACUAAAGCACAGAUCAAGCUGGUCGCAUAUGGGAUGAAGUAUGUGCUAGCUGUGCAUUCAUUUAGAAACCUAGAAAUGGCAGAAAGACAAGCAGGAGAAGAUUUUGAUAUGGAAGAGGAAAAUAACAGAAAAAAGCAAUUGGAAGAUAUCCUUCAUCAAGCUGGGAAUUGCUUGAUCACGACAAUCAAAGUAUUUAAGGCUAAAUUCGUGCCUUACUUUAAAAAAAUUUCAAGCGUUAUAACAGCCAUGUUGGGAAACCAUCGUACAGCUAGAGAGAAAACGAUUGCCUUUUCCAUUGCUAAUUGUGUAAUUCAGCAUUGCCAUGAAGCUGCGCAUAAGUAUUUUGACAGUUAUCUUCCACUCCUCUUGAAAGCCUGUGAUGAUGAGAACUAUGAUGUUAAACAGGAAGCUGCAAAUGGAAUUGGCGUUUGUGCUGAGUAUGCCCAAUCUAACUUUAAAACUAUUGCUGAAGCUGCUGUAGUUAGUUUGAAUUCUGUGAUAAGACAUUCAGAUGCAUUAAGUUCAGAGAAUAGAAAGGCAUAUGAUAUUGCUGUUUCAGCUCUAGGGAAAAUAUGCAAGUUCCAUCGUGAGAGUAUUAAUGCACCUGAGGUUGUUCCCACCUGGUUAAGCUACUUGCCAAUAAAAGAUGAUUCAACUGAAGCCAAAGUGGUGCAUGAACAACUUUGUUCAAUGGUAGAAAGGUCAGAUAAGGAACUUCUAGGCCCUGACAAUCUACACCUUCCAAAGAUUAUUGAAGUCUUUACCAAGGUUGUAGCUGAGAGAGACAAUCUUGCGACAGCGGAAACUGCCGACAGGAUGGUUGCUCUGUUGAUGCAAUUUGAGAAGCUAUUAUGACCAUUUUCAUUUCUCAGUUUCUUGUAGCAUUGCGCUGACACUCUGUUUCCUUGUAUAAAGUAUUCUCUCCACAAUUCUUUUGGCAGUGAAUGUGUAAGCAACACUGCCCGUGAAUCAAAUAAAAAAAGAAGUUUUGGUGA